UUUCUCAUAUUCCACUCUCCAGACUCAAACUCUCCCACUCCCAAAUAGAACUAAUAAACACACUCCCUUUCGUUUGAUAAAUUUCAUUUUCCUCUCUGUCAUUCACCCAAUCCUUUUUAUUCUGUAUCUUCAACAGUCUAUUUUUCUGGAUUUUUGGGUAUCUCUAUAACUGAUUAACUGACACUAUAAUCCAGCUAUAACGCUUUCUUCUCUUGUAUAGUUUUAUAUCUACAGCCACUCUUUGUUAUUUUCAUCUUGGGUUUUUCAAAUUUUGGUUUCUUAAUUUUCUGGGCGAAUCGAUGGCGUGUUUGGUUUCUCGCACCGGAAGGGAACUCCAGAGAUACGACCACUUGGGCCGCCGCCAAGUUGUUGGAUGCAUACCAUAUAGAUUCAAAAGUUGCAGUGAUGGAUCCAUUAGUGAUGAACUAGAAGUCCUCAUCAUCACUUCACAGAAGGGGCAAGGAAUGAUGUUUCCCAAGGGUGGCUGGGAACUUGAUGAAUCUUUGGAAGAAUCAGCUUCCCGGGAGUCACUUGAAGAAGCUGGGGUUCUUGGCACUGUUGAGUGCGGAUUGGGCAAAUGGAACUUUUUAAGCAAAAGCCAAGGCACAUUUUAUGAAGGAUACAUGUUUCCUCUGCUUGUGAAGGAACAAUUAGAACUCUGGCCGGAGAUGAAUGUGCGGCGACGAAUAUGGAUGACUGUGGAUGAAGCUAGAGAAGCUUGUCGGCAUUGGUGGAUGAAGGAAGCUCUAGACAAAUUAGUUGACCGACUUAUGUCUCCGCGACAAGAAAACGGAGAAGAUGUAUUGUCCUGUUCAUUAUGUUAGGAAUGUUUUAGGAGUUUGUACAUAAUUUUCGCUGUUCAAAGCCAUGUGAUUCAUGUUUUGAGUCUUCUCGAAAAUAUAUGAGAGGAGAAUCAGAAGCCAUGGCUUUCACGGAGGCAAUUGUAGGAACAAAAAGGGUUGUUGUUUCUUGUUACAUAAUUGAUGGAUUUCUAAGGUUUUUGGACCUUCUCGGUACAGUAAAGCUAUUACUAAGAAGGGAAAUGUACACAGAUUGUAAAUUUGAAAUUCGUCAAUGAGAAAUAAAUGGAAUCCUUUCUCCAA